AUGGGAUCCAGGAGGUUUGAUUCUAGAACAACUAUUUUUUCUCCGGAAGGGCGUUUGUAUCAAGUUGAAUAUGCCCUUGAGUCCAUAUCACACGCAGGGACAGCCAUAGGAGUCAUGGCAAAGGAUGGGAUCGUGUUGGCAGCAGAGAGAAAGGUCACAAGCAAACUGCUGGAACAGGGCAGCUCGAGCGAAAAGCUUUAUAAGUUGAACGAUAACAUCACAGUGGCUGUCGCAGGCCUAACCGCAGAUGCCGAAAUCCUAAUAAACACGGCGCGGCUAUUCGCACAAAACUACCUGAAGUCUUAUAACGAGGAGAUUCCCGUGGAGAUUCUGGUAAGACGCCUCAGCGAUGUCAAGCAGGGCUACACGCAACAUGGUGGUCUGAGACCUUUUGGUGCAUCAUUUAUCUACGCGGGCUACGACGACCGCUACGGAUACCAGUUAUACACUUCCAACCCAUCAGGCAACUAUUCUGGAUGGAAGGCGAUCAGUGUGGGAGCUAACACAUCUGCUGCUCAAACUCUGCUGCAGAUGGACUACAAAGAUGACAUUACAGUUGAGGAGGCCACAGAGCUUGCGCUCAAAACACUGUCUAAAACCACAGACUCGAGCACCCUGACCCCAGAACGCGUUGAGUUUUCGACAAUCACGAAGCUCGACAAUGGCAAAAUCGCACAGAAAAUCUUCAAGCCACAGGAGAUCGAGACUCUGUUGAACAAAACAGGUGUCACGAAGAAAGAGAACGACGAUGAGUAA